UUCAGGUCCAGUGAGUGAUUCUUAAAUUAUCCACAGUAUAGAGCCUUUCACUGCAGCCCUGGGGAUUAUUUACCACAACAAAAUAAGGAGAGAGCUGCCUGGUGUCCCAUUGAUCUCCUUCCUUUCUCAGUGUGCAUGCUGUGCACACAGCUCCCUACACCUUGUAUUCUUCUAUAGAUGCUCCUCCAAGCCAUAGAUGCUCCUCCAAGCCAUCUGUAGCCUUGAUGCCUGCAUGCUGCACACACCACCUGUCUGCCGGUCCCUGUGAAGGAUUUACCUGCUCCUGCCUGGAGAUGAGCCCGACCUGGGGAAGAGGAUGCUUUGGCUCGCAGCAGUGCUGAAUCAGUGAUCCUCAGGAGGAGUGCACCGGCCAGCCUGAGAUCUUCUGGUUUUGGGGUGGGGGGAUUUGAAUGUGUAGGUGACUGGGCAGGCAGCACAAAAAGGGGUGAGAGGCUGAGGCAGCUCGUGUGGACUUACAGCAUGGAAGAGAAUGACCAGAACCACAGAGAAGUGGAGCAGCACCAGGAGUCAGGGGAUGAGUCCAACCGGGGGAUCCUGCUCCAGGCUCCAGGGAACCACCAUAGGGUCACCAACUUCUUCAUUGAUAACAUCCUGCGGCCGGAGUUCGGCAGGAGGAAGGAAGCCCACCAUGAUGAGCUCUACUUGGGCAGGGACAUUGUGGCUCGGUCUGGGAAUGAGCCCAGCCAGCACCGAGGCAGUGCCACCGAAGGAGAAGGGGCAUCCAAAGCCAUCACUGUCACCCAGGACAAGAAAAACGAGGUGGCCAUGGAAGGAACCCGCAAACCCAGAGCCUUGAGUGGAGACCAUUCCAUGAGCUCGGACUCUGAUAGUUCCCAAGCCAGCUCCACCACCAAGAGCAAGCAGCCUAUGUUGUGGCCAGCCUGGGUCUAUUGUACCAGGUACUCAGACAGACCUUCAUCAGGUCCCAGAUCCCGAAAACCAAAGAAGAAGACCAUGGUCAGCAAAGAGGACAAAAGGCCCCGGACAGCGUUCACUGCGGAGCAGCUCCAAAGGCUGAAAGCUGAGUUUCAGACAAACAGGUAUUUGACCGAGCAGAGAAGACAAAGUUUGGCUCAGGAACUGAAUCUUAACGAGUCUCAAAUUAAAAUCUGGUUUCAGAACAAACGAGCUAAAAUUAAAAAAGCGACAGGGAACAAAAACUCUCUGGCACUACAUCUGAUGGCACAAGGACUCUAUAACCACUCCACCACCUCCAAGGACAGCAAAUCAGACAGCGAAUAGAAGCAGAUGGUGGAGCCAAGAAAUCAAGUCUUAAACAAUGCAAUAAUUUAAACAACAAAAAAAA